AUGGUCUUUGAGACCAGAGGGAAAAACAUAGAUCAGUACCCGGAAAUCCAAAUUAAUGGGAUUAAAAUACAAAGGGUUUACAAAUUUAAAUAUCUAGGUCAUAUAUUGACCUCUGGUCUCAGGGAUGACGACGACAUUGAGAGGGAGCGGAGGGUGCUGGCAAUGAGGGCAAAUAUGGUGGCUCGCAGGUUUGCUAGAUGUUCUUCAAAAGUUAAAAUUACUCUUUUUGGAGCUUAUUGUACAUCAUUUUAUACCUGCAGCCUGUGGGCCCAGUAUAGCAAAAAAUCAUACAGCGCCCUCCGAGUCCAGUACAAUAAUGCUUUCAGGAUGCUGAUAGGGCUACCAAGACGCUGUAGUGCAUCAGGGAUGUUCGCACAGAACCGCGUUGACUGUUUUUAUGCUACAAUGAGUAAAAGAUGCGCAUCCCUGGUGCGACGAGUGCGUGCGAUCGCCAACAGCAUCGUGAGCAUGAUUGCAAGCAGGCUGGACUGUGCAUAUGUCGGUCACUGCUGCUCAAUCUCACAUGGGAUUAAGCGACAGUGA